UUCUGAAGGCUCAGCAACCUGCAGCUGCCAUUGAGAGAGAGAGAGAGAGAGAGAGAGAGAGUAGAGACAAGAGGAGGCCGUUCUUAGACGGCCAAUCAGAUCAAGCAAGUUUCUUAUAAUUUUUUUGGGUUAUUAAGAUUUUAGAUUAGAGGCCGGCGGCCAUCUCCGCUCUCGUUCGUCUCCCUCUUCAUCUCUCUCGUUGCUUCCCUCCUCUGCUGCAUUUGGCGCCAGCCCUGAGCUCCAAACACCAACCACCUCUGCCGCCCCAUCACCACCUCCGCUCUUUAAAACGGCCGCCUCCGUUAACGCCACCGUAGUUGGCCACCCACCCACUCCCCUCCCCUCCCUCGUCAUCCCUCCUCCGUCGCCUCCACGCUGAGCUCGUGCUCCAUCCAUCCAUCCACCCAUGGCGAAGCCUCGCAAGAACACCGCCGCCACCACCAACACCGGCAGCCGCGGCAGAGGUGCAGUGGCGGCGGCGGCGGUGAAGCCGAAGCGCACGCGGAAGAGCGUCCCCCGCGAGUCCCCCUCCCAGCGCAGCUCCGUCUACCGCGGCGUCACCAGGCACCGGUGGACGGGGCGGUUCGAGGCGCACCUGUGGGACAAGAACAGCUGGAACGAGUCCCAGAACAAGAAGGGCAAGCAAGUUUACCUCGGGGCGUAUGACGACGAGGAGGCAGCGGGGAGGGCGUACGAUCUGGCGGCAUUGAAGUACUGGGGCCCCGACACCAUCCUCAACUUCCCGUUAUCUGCGUACGACGAUGAGCUGAAAGAAAUGGAGGGGCAAUCAAGGGAAGAGUAUAUUGGAUCCCUAAGGAGGAAAAGCAGUGGGUUCUCAAGAGGAGUAUCGAAGUACCGAGGCGUUGCAAGACACCAUCACAAUGGGAGAUGGGAGGCCCGGAUUGGCCGUGUUUUUGGCAACAAGUACCUCUAUCUCGGUACUUACGCGACGCAGGAGGAGGCGGCAAUGGCGUACGACAUGGCGGCGAUCGAGUACCGGGGCUUGAACGCCGUCACCAACUUCGACCUCAGCCGGUACAUCAAGUGGCUCCGGCCCGGCGCCGACGGCGGCGUGGGUGCCGCCCAGAAUCCUCACCCGAUGCUGGGAGGCCUGUCGGCGGUCGACCUCGACGCCAUGGCGUCGUCGUUCCAGCACGAUGGCCAUGGCGCGGCGGCGGCGGCGGCGGCGCAGCUGAUCCCGCUGCCGUCAAGAACGUCGCUCGGCCACACCACGACGACGUCGGCGCUCAGCCUGCUUCUGCAGUCGCCCAAGUUCAAGGAGAUGAUCGAGCAGACGUCGGCGGCGGAGACCACCACCAGCAGCACGACCACCUCCUCCUCGUCCCCCUCGCCGCCGCGCCCGUCACUGCGUCAGGCGACGAAGGACGACGCCUCGCCGCAGUGCAGCUUCCCGGAGGACAUCCAGACCUACUUCGGCUGCGCCGCCGAGGACGGCGCCGCCGUCGCGGGCUACACCGACGUGGACGGCCUGUUCUUCGGCGACCUGGCCGCGUACGCGUCGCCGGCGUUCCACUUCGAGCUGGACUUGUGACGACGGCGGCGGCGGCGGCGGCGGCGGCGCAGUGUCAGCGUGUGCUUGGCCAGUAGCCCACUGGCCGGUGGGACCAACGGCCACGACGCAAUACAGUUACAUACCGUUAAUUAAUUUCUUUAAUUGGGUGAAUUUUUGUCCAUAGGAAAAUGACCAAAAGGAGAAGAAAGAAAAAUGAACAGAGGAACAGACAAAAACGCUGGCAUGCAUAUGCAUGCAAGAUAG